CCGGAGCGGCGACGGCGAGCCAUGGCGCUGGGGCUACAGCGCGCAAGGUCGAGCACGGAGCUGCGCAAGGAGAAGUCCCGGGAUGCGGCCCGCAGCCGGCGCAGCCAGGAGACCGAGGUGCUGUACCAGCUGGCGCACACGCUGCCCUUCGCUCGCGGGGUCAGCGCCCACCUGGACAAGGCCUCCAUCAUGCGCCUCACCAUCAGCUACCUGCGCAUGCACCGCCUCUGCGCCGCAGGGGAGUGGAACCAGGUGGGAGCAGGGGGCGAAGCUCUGGAUGCCUGCUACCUGAAAGCCCUGGAGGGCUUCGUCAUGGUGCUCACUGCCGAGGGAGACAUGGCUUACCUGUCGGAGAAUGUCAGCAAACACCUGGGCCUCAGUCAGCUUGAGCUCAUCGGACACAGUAUCUUUGAUUUCAUCCAUCCCUGUGACCAAGAGGAGCUCCAGGACGCCCUGACCCCCCAGCAGAGCCUGUCCAAAAAGAAGCCGGAGGCUCCCACCGAGCGGUGCUUCUCCUUGCGCAUGAAGAGCACCCUCACCAGCCGCGGGCGCACCCUCAACCUCAAGGCGGCCACCUGGAAGGUGCUGCACUGCUCUGGACACAUGAGGGCCUACAAGCCCCCUGCACAGACUUCCCCAGCAGGGAGCCCCAACUUGGAGCCUCCCCUGCAAUGCCUGGUGCUCAUCUGUGAAGCCAUCCCCCACCCGGGCAGCCUGGAGCCCCCACUAGGCCGGGGGGCCUUCCUCAGCCGCCACAGCCUGGACAUGAAGUUCACCUACUGUGAUGAGAGGAUCGCGGAGGUCGCUGGCUACAGCCCUGAUGAUCUGAUCGGCUGCUCCGCCUACGAGUACAUUCACGCUCUGGACUCGGACGCUGUUGGCCAGAGCAUCCACACCCUGCUGAGCAAGGGCCAGGCAGUAACGGGGCAGUAUCGCUUCCUGGCCCGGAGUGGUGGCUAUCUGUGGACCCAGACUCAGGCCACAGUGGUGUCAGGGGGCCGGGGUCCCCAGUCUGAGAGUAUCGUCUGCGUCCACUUCCUGAUCAGCCGGGUGGAAGAGACCGGAGUGGUGCUGUCCCUGGAGCAAACGGAGAGACACUCUCGCAGACCCGUUCAGAGGGGCACCCCUUCCCAGAAGGACGCCCCUAAUUCCGGGGACAGCUUUGAUGGCUCUGGUCCCCGGAUCCUGGCCUUCCUGCACCCCCCUGCCCUGAGCGAGGCCACCCUGGCCGCUGACCCCCGCCGCUUCUGCAGCCCUGACCUGCGUCGCCUCCUGGCACCUAUCCUGGAUGGGACUUCAGGAGCCGCCACCCCCAGCGCACCCCCAGCCACACGGCGCCCCCAAAGUCCUCUUCCAGCCGAUCUCCCAGAUGAACCACCCGUGAACAUGGAGAAUACACACAAACUCUUGGCCUCGGGGAAAGACCUUGAGGCUGUGGAGACAGAUCUAGAUAUAGCUCAGGACGUCGAUGCUCUGGAUCUGGAGAUGCUGGCCCCCUACAUCUCCAUGGAUGAUGACUUCCAGCUCAACUCCAGCGAGCAGCCACCCAGGGCCUUCCACAGACCUCCAGGCGCUGUCCCCCGGCCCCGUGCUCGGAGCUUCCAUGGCCUGUCGCCCCCAACCCCUGAGCCCUCCCUGCUGCCCCGCUGGGGGAGUGACCCCCGGCUGAGCUGCUCCAGCCCUUCCAGAGGGGACCCCUUGGCACCCUCCCCCAUGGCUGGGGCUCGGAAGAGGACCCUGGCUCAGAGCUCAGAGGACGAAGCCGAGGGGGUGGAGCUGCUGGGAGUGAGACCCCCCAAACGGUCCCCCAGCCCAGAGCCCGAAAAUUUCCUGCUGCCUCCCCUCAGCCUGAGCUUCCUUCUGACAGGAGGGCCAGCCCCAGGGAGCCAGCAGGAUGCCAGCACCCACCUCCUGGAACUGAAUGAGCCCCUGCGCCUGGGCCCCUCGCUGCUCUCUCUCUACCCGGAUGAGGACACCGCUGAGCCCAGGAGCCACUUCCAGCCAGCAGCAGGCUUGGCCCAGGCCAACUGAGCCAGCCCCCCUUCCCUUCUACUCCCCAGAAAGGACCUCAACCACACUCCACGCCGGCAGCCAACGCACAGGAUUGGGGGUACCAGGAGAGGGGUUCCCUCUCUCCUCUCAGCAGCCCCCCCCCGCCCACCUUGGGCCUACCUCAGCCCUCACCCCUCUGCCCCCCACGUCUGGGGGCUCUUUGGGGUGGUCUCAGCUCAGUGACCUCUGGGAGGGGGGCCCCUGGAGCCCUCCUCCUCCUUCUCUCAGGACUUCCCUUGGGGUUCUCAAUACUGGUGACCUCAUCCCUUUCUCCAACUCUCCUGGCUUGAUUUUGGGUGACUAGGGGUGGGGGAGGUUGGGGUUCAGAUCUGUGUUUCUGGGCUCUGGGGAGUAUUGAUAACCAUAAUCACAUUUCUUUUCCAUCCAUCUUUUAUUAUUAUUUCUCUUUUUUCAUUUUCGUGAUAGGUUUUGAAUUGCUAUGAAUGGCCUGGGGUCCAUAAGAAUGCAGGACUCUGAUCCCCCCUCCUCCCUCAGGUGUUAAUGGGGGAGGCGUUUCGGGCAGACCUCACCCCUAGCAACUUGAUUAGCCCCUUAGCCUUCCAAGUGGCCACCCCGCUCUGCCUGCCCCUCCACUGGGGACUUCCGCUGCCCCCAGCCUCGCCUGGACACUGGUUUCAUUUCCAGGGGUAGCCUCCAGCUUCCUCUGCUCCCAGACCAGGCAACCUCCAGCUC